AUGAGGAAGAAAAAGAAUAUAGAGAGAGAAGAUACUACAGAGAAGGAAAAGGAACCAGUAAUAAUGAAUGAAAUGCAGCUGGUUCAGGAAAGAGACAAUGAAGACCCUGAAGGUGAGGAAGCUCAUGCAUCUCAAGGAAAGGAGACUGAUAUUUGGGAAGACUAUGAUGGGCAUGAGCAUGGGAAGGAGGAAGCGAAUACUGAAGAUGUUAAAAACGCCGCUCCUGAGAAAGACCAUGCGGAUAAGGGAGAUAAAGAGGAUACUGCAAGGGGAUGUGUUACAGAAAAGGACAAGGAACCAGGGAUAGUGAGUGAAAUGAUGCUGGUUCUGGAAAGAGAGAAUGAAGACGCUGAAAGCAAGGAAGAGAAUCCAGCUGAAGAAGGGACAGCAAUGGAGAGAGAAUGUGAAUAUGAGACUGAAAAGGAGACGGGUGAUGAGGUGAACAGCGUGCCUUCAGAGAAAGAGAAUUCAGAACAGGAAGAGAGACAAGAUUUUGAGGAAGACGUUGAAAAAGAAGACAUUUCAGAGAAUAUUAAUCUUCCAUCUUUAUCCAAACUGAUGCCUUUAAGCCAAUAUUAUAGUGAAGAACAGGACAAUGAGAGAGAAGAUAAGGAAAGCAAUGUUUUCAAGAGAGAAGAGGGAGACAGUGUCGCCUGA